AUGCAGAGAGAUGGCACCUGCCCCAUCCUGAGCCACCAUGCCUUGGGACUUCCCAGCCACGCUCCAGCCCGCACAGUUGCAGGAGGGCUGUGCUCCCAGACACCCAGGAUGAAGCUGCUCUUCACAGCCCUCCUGCUGGCUGCUGCCCACGCUGCUGAAGAGUCCUGCGAGGGUCGCUGCGAUGACGGCUUCAACGCGACGUACAAGUGCCAGUGUGACACCCUCUGCAUGUACUACCAGAGCUGCUGCAGCGACUACACCACUGUCUGCAAAGCCAAAGUGACCCGGGGGGAUGUGUUCGCCUUGCCAGAGGAUGACUACGUUGACUACAACCUCAAUGUCGACUUGGGCACAGACCCACCCACAGCUGAGCCACCCACGGCUCUGCCUCCCGUGGUCCUGCACACGCCAGAGAACAAGCCAGGCCCUGUGGAGACACCAACAGACGUGCCAGUGGUGGAGGAGCCCCAUACCACGUUGGAUGGGCUCUGGGACCCUGAGCCCGAGCCUGAGCAGCUGUGCAGCAAGAAACCUUUUGAUGCUUUCACUGACCUAAAGAACGGCUCCAUUUAUGCUUUCCGAGGGAAGUACUUCUAUGAGCUGGAUGAGAAAAGCGUCCGGCCUGGCUACCCCAAGCUCAUCAGCGAAGUCUGGGGCAUCGAGGGCCCCAUCGACGCAGCCUUCACACGCAUCAACUGCCAGGGCAAGACUUACCUGUUCAAGGGCAGCCAGUACUGGCGCUUUGACGAUGGAGUCCUGGACCCCGAGUUCCCGCGCAACAUCUCCGAGGGCUUUGAGGGCAUCCCCAACAACAUCAACGCGGCCUUCGCCCUCCCCGCGCACAGCUACAGCGGCAACGAGAGAGUUUAUUUCUUCAAGGACAAGUACUACUGGUCCUACGACUUUGCCAACCAGCCCACCCAGGCUGACUGUGAGAAGUCCUCCCCCUCGACUGUGUUCAACCACUACGCCUUCAUGAACCGUGACAGCUGGGAGGACAUCUUCGAGAUGCUCUUCGGUGGCAGGAAUGUGGGAGCGAGUGGCCCCCGGUACAUCAGCAGGGACUGGCGGGGGGUGCCCAGCCGGCUGGACGCCGCCAUGGCCGGCAGGAUCUACGUGGCCUCCCACCAGCCCCGCAGGAGGAAGUCCCGUCGCCAGCGCAAGAGGUACAAGAACCACCGGUCACUGCACCUGGGCUUCUGGAGUUGGCUGCAAAAUGACUCCGACUCGGCGGGUGCUGAAGACGACUGGUUAUCGGGCUCCAAGUGCGAGACCCUCCAGAGCGUCUACUUCUUUGUGGGAGACAAGUAUUACCGCGUCAACCUGCGCACCAAGCGCGUGGACCUGGUGCGGCCCCGCUACCCCCGCUCCAUCGCCCAGUACUGGCUGGACUGCCCGCAGCCCGGGGAGGAGAGCACCUGA